GUAAGCGAACAUGAACUGUAUCUAAGGUAGCGAAGGGUGUUCUGGGAUGACUGUCAGUUCAGUUCAUCAUUAAGGGGUCAUGGCGGAUCAGCUGCAGGCAUGGAGAGCGUGGUUUUGGGACGCUGAUUUCUGGCUGCCAGAGAACACCACUUGGCAACGCUUGGAUGAAACGAAAAAUCCGAAAUGGGUUCAAAGUGGAGAGCUGUUCCUUUGCUUCCCUGUUGCUAUUUUACUCAUUGUUUUACGAUUCCUAUUCGAAAGGUUCAUUGCUGGCCCCUGUGUAGGAUAUCUUGGAGUGAAGGAAAAACCUAUAGUGUUUGUACAAAAUACAUUCUGUGAGAAAGUUUACCAAACAAUCAGCAAGUCACCCAAUGCUGAGAGAGUAGAAGGAUUAUCUAAACAGCUUGGAUGGCCUACACGUGAAGUGAAAAGAUGGUUCAAGAACCGUCGACAGCAAUCAAAACCUUCACUUAUGCGGAAGGCUACUGAGAGCAGUUGGAGGUUUGUGUUCUAUUUGGCGACAUCCAUUUACGGGAUGGUUAUAUUGUAUAAGGAACCCUGGCUGUGGGAUCUUCGACUUUGUUUUAUUGGUCAUGGCCGCCAGGUUUGUAUUUAGAAAUUUAAUCCAUUCUUUACCAAUGAUAUUUUUGAUUAUUUCAAGCCAUGGGCCAUGUUUUAACUGAAACUGGCUUGGAAUGGGGAAUAUCAUUUAAGCUUUGCUGGUUUCCAGAUGUUCAAGUAUGUGGUUUUAAAGAAUGGACUAAGUUUGUCAAUACUGAAAGAUGAUAGGAAAUUAUUUUAAAUGAAGGGUAUGAAUCAUUUUUAAUUAUUCCAUCAUGUAUCAAAGGUAUCAAUUUACUCUCUGAAAAAAGAUCACCAAGCUUUUUGGAGUUCGCACAGGGAGGACUUUAAUUUGCCAAAUAGUAGACACUUGAGAAGUCAAUAACCAGCUGUUGUCCUCACAUGGCAAGCCAAGCUCAGUUGUUUAAUCACUGUGAUGUAAUGUUUUAAAGUGUCCUACAAAAAUAAUGGGUCUUCAUGACCUAGUGACUAUUGUGGAGUCAGUUAGACAGGGGCGAAAGUUAUCACUUAAUCUAAGGAGCUAUUUCCUAAAAAGAAAAGUACACAUACAAGCCAAGUGGCCCAUUCUUUGGUUUCUGUAGCUACUGGUC